GCGAAAGGGGGCUUUGUGCUGCUGCUGCAGGGGUGUGCGUUUGUCUGGAAUCGGAAUCUGCUGGGGCUCGCCUGAGUUUUGUGGUGGCUUGUGUUGUGUGGGAGGCCAGCGUGUAUGUGUCACAGGCAGCAGCAGCAGCAGCCACAUCAGGGGGAGCCGGGGCGAAAGAGGGACCGCUAAGCCGGAAUCAUGUAUCUCACCAUCAGGAUUGCGAGCAGGGAGUGGUGUGGAAAUUGUGCAACAUGCAGAUAAGAUCCCGGUUUCUCCAGAAGAAAGAGAGCGAGCUCGCCCUGGGCAGGAGGGAGAGGAGAAAGCCAGCAUGAAGGUUGAAGGAGAUCAUUUCCACGGCCAGUGCUAGAGGGAGACCUAGAUCUGUGCAACUCGCUUCCCCGUGGCUGUUUUGUUUGGGGCGGGGGGGACACCGGAUCGGUCUCAGCCAGGGAGGAGGGGAAGGUGUGUGUGGGAAGGGGGGGCGACGAAGGAAUAACGGAGAGAGAGGCUGUGCGGUGCAUUGCACACAGACUGAGCGAGGGAAAGAGCAGGGAAAAUCGCCCCUCUCCGAGGAAGGGCCAUCGCCAUGGGCAAUGCCGGGAGCAUGGAUUCUCAGCAGACGGACUUCAGGGCUCACAACAUGCCUCUCAAGCUGCCAAUGCCCGAGCCAGGUGAACUGGAGGAGAGAUUUGCCGUCGUCCUGAAUGCAAUGAACUUGCCACCAGACAAAGCCAGGUUACUUCGGCAGUAUGACAAUGAGAAGAAAUGGGAGUUGAUCUGUGAUCAGGAAAGAUUUCAAGUGAAGAAUCCUCCACAUACAUAUAUCCAGAAAUUAAAGGGCUAUCUCGAUCCAGCAGUAACCAGGAAGAAAUUCAGAAGACGAGUCCAAGAAUCUACGCAAGUACUACGAGAACUGGAAAUUUCUUUAAGAACAAAUCAUAUUGGAUGGGUCAGGGAGUUUUUGAAUGAAGAAAACAAAGGCCUGGAUGUUCUGGUGGAAUAUUUGUCAUUUGCACAGUACGCAGUCACUUUUGACUUUGAAAGCUUGGAGAACAAUGUGGAAAACUCAAUGGAUAAAUCCAAACCUUGGAGCCGUUCCAUUGAAGACCUGCAUAGAGGAAGUAACUUACCCUCGCCAGUUGGCAAUAGCAUUUCCCGCUCUGGCAGGCAUUCUACUCUACGGUAUAAUACCUUGCCGAGCAGAAGAACACUAAAAAAUUCAAGAUUAGUGAGUAAAAAAGACGAUGUUCAUGUCUGCAUCAUGUGUUUACGUGCCAUAAUGAAUUACCAGUAUGGAUUCAAUAUGGUCAUGUCACAUCCACAUGCUGUUAAUGAAAUUGCACUAAGCCUGAACAACAAGAAUCCCAGAACAAAAGCCCUUGUCUUAGAACUGUUAGCAGCCGUUUGUCUUGUCAGAGGAGGGCACGAAAUUAUUUUAUCUGCGUUCGAUAACUUUAAGGAGGUUUGUGGAGAGAAACAGCGCUUUGAGAAGCUGAUGGAACACUUCCGAAAUGAAGACAACAAUAUAGACUUUAUGGUGGCAUGUAUGCAGUUCAUCAACAUUGUAGUCCAUUCAGUAGAGGACAUGAAUUUCAGAGUUCAUCUCCAGUAUGAAUUUACGAAGUUAGGCCUGGACGAAUAUUUGGAUAAGCUGAAACACACAGAGAGUGACAAACUGCAGGUGCAGAUUCAAGCUUACUUGGACAAUGUGUUUGAUGUGGGAGCUUUGCUUGAAGAUGCCGAAACCAAGAACGCAGCCUUGGAAAGAGUUGAAGAACUGGAAGAAAAUAUUUCUCAUUUAUCGGAAAAACUGCAAGACACAGAGAAUGAAGCAAUGGCGAAGAUUGUGGAACUGGAAAAGCAGCUUAUGCAGAGAAACAAAGAACUGGAUGUUGUUCGAGAAAUUUACAAAGAUGCAAAUACCCAGGUUCACACGUUGAGAAAAAUGGUCAAAGAAAAAGAGGAAGCCAUCCAGCGGCAGUCAACCCUGGAGAAAAAGAUCCAUGAACUGGAAAAGCAAGGGACCAUUAAAAUUCAGAAGAAAGGUGAUGGUGACAUCUCUAUUCUUCCUGUUGCUGUGGCCUCUGGGACACUGCCAUCAGGGUCAGAAGCUACAGCUGGCACAUGUGUGGGACCAGUGACUGGGGCUACGUCUUCAGUACCAUUGCCGCCACCUCCACCCCCAUUACCACCAUUACCACCAACAUCUGAGACAGUGCAAAACGGUCCUGUGACAGCACCUAUGCCACCUCCACCUCCGCCUCCACCACCACCUCCACCUCUUCCUGGUCCAGCUGCAGAGACAGCCCCAGCUCCUCCACUGCCUCCCCCACCGCCACCAUCAGCACCCCCUCUGCCAGGAACAGCCUCUCCCACGGUGAUUUUCAACUCAGGAUUAGCAGAUGGGCCAAUCAAGCUUUUCUCUGUGAAAAUCAAGAAGCCAAUCAAGACAAAGUUCCGCAUGCCUGUCUUUAACUGGGUAGCUCUCAAACCCAAUCAAAUUAACGGGACGGUCUUCAAUGAAAUUGAUGACGAAAGGAUCCUGGAGGAUUUAAAUGUGGAUGAAUUUGAAGAAAUAUUCAAGACAAAAGCUCAAGGUCCAGCCAUUGAUCUUACUUCAAGCAAACAAAAGAUAACUCAAAAAGGGUCAAACAAAGUCACAUUAUUGGAAGCAAACAGGGCCAAAAAUCUUGCCAUCACUUUAAGAAAAGCUGGAAAGACUGCAGAUGAGAUAUGCAAAGCUAUUCAGGUAUUUGACCUGAAGACGUUGCCAGUAGAUUUUGUCGAAUGUUUGAUGCGAUUCUUGCCCACUGAGAACGAAGUGAAAGUGUUACGGCUCUAUGAGCGGGAGAGGAAACCUCUCGAGAAUCUGACUGAUGAAGAUCGGUUCAUGAUGCAGUUCAGUAAGAUUGAGAGGCUGAUGCAGAAGAUGACCAUCAUGGCCUUCAUAGGCAACUUCGCAGAAAGCAUCCAAAUGCUGACGCCGCAACUCCAUGCAGUAAUAGCAGCAUCUGUCUCAAUAAAGUCAUCCCAAAAGCUCAAGAAAAUACUGGAGAUAAUCUUGGCUCUUGGUAACUAUAUGAACAGCAGUAAAAGAGGAGCAGUUUAUGGGUUUAAACUACAGAGUUUAGAUCUGCUGUUAGACACAAAGUCAACGGACAGAAAACAAACGCUGUUGCACUAUAUAUCCAAUGUUGUGAAAGAAAAAUAUCACCAAGUAUCCCUCUUUUACAAUGAACUUCAUUAUGUGGAGAAAGCCGCUGCAGUGUCCCUUGAAAAUGUCCUGUUGGAUGUCAAGGAGCUCCAGCGAGGCCUGGACCUGACAAAGCGAGAAUACACCAUGCACGACCACAAUACAAUGCUGAAGGAAUUUAUUCAUAACAAUGAAGGAAAACUAAAGAAACUGCAGGAUGAUGCAAAAAUAGCCCAGGAUGCCUUUGAUGAUGCUGUGAAAUAUUUUGGGGAGAAUCCCAAGACAACCCCCCCAUCCGUCUUUUUCCCAGUCUUUGUCCGAUUUGUGAAAGCCUACAAGCAAGCAGAAGAGGAGAAUGAGUUGAGAAAGAAGCAGGAACAGGCACUCAUGGAAAAACUUCUGGAGCAAGAAGCAUUGAUGGAGCAACAGGACCAAAAGUCUCCUUCCCAUAAAACAAAGAGACAGCAGCAAGAGCUAAUUGCAGAGCUACGCCGACGACAAGUCAAGGAUAACAGACAUGUGUAUGAGGGGAAAGAUGGUGCAAUUGAAGACAUUAUAACAGAUCUUAGAAACCAGCCAUACAGACGAGCCGAUGCGGUAAGGAGAAGCGUUAGGCGACGUUUUGAUGAUCAGAACUUGCGCUCUGUAAAUGGUGCUGAAAUAACCAUGUGAGCUGGAGAUUUGCAUGUGAAAAGUAGAGCGUGUGCUUGAAUGAUACCUUGUCCAUGUGAACUAUAUGUGCUACCAUUUAAUUAUAGCCUUGAAUACAGUAAAAUUACCUUCUAAAGGGCUCAAAAAGACAUAGAAAAUGCAUAGGAACGUAAAAGUGAUGGGCUCUUUACUCAACCAUAGCUAACAAGUGCCUAAAAUUGAAGUACCUGCUCAAAUUAAUCAAAGCAAUAGGACUUGAUUUGAUUGGGUAUCUUUUUACACCAACACAUUAUUCAGUAUUUUUAACCAAAAUGUAAAAUACAUGAUUUUUUUUUUUGUUACAUGAAAUUUAGUAAUUGGUCUUCAGUGGCCCUUCUUGAUUUCCUGACAGGUUGUAAAUAAGUAAUACUUGGAUGCAAUCUGCUGUGGACUUAAGCUUUUCAAUGCAUUCCUGUCCUGUCCUCUAAGGAAUUAACCUUGAGCUUCAACUGCACUUAUUAGCUUUUUAUAUAUAUAAGGGCUUACCAUGUGCACGGGGGAAGUAAUUACAAAAUGAACUGUACCUUUCAGCCAUAUACAAAUCCCAGACUAAUACAAAUAAGAUGUGUUAAAGACAUAAUUCAGUGAACACAAGGUUUAUAUCAAAUGAACAUGAACUAUUCUUCAUGUUCAGAUUCUGCUUUUUAUAUGCCAGUGUGCAAUGUGGGAUAGUUGGAGGGUAUGAAUGCAUUGCAAAGAUCUAUGAAACAAGAAUGUUGUAUAAGACUCAUUUACUACGUUCUUCAAAUAGAGGCAGCUUUUGAAUAACAAAGUGUAUUUAUUAAUUAGCACUAAGAUAUUAACAUCUCAUUAAUCAGUAUUAGGAUUUCUGAGGACCAUUAUGGUUCAGUUAUUAACUCAGUGAAAUAAUCUUGUGCCCUGCUGAGAGAGGAUUUUAAUACCCCAUCUAUAAGCUUUAAACUUGCAUCUGCAUUGAGCAAGAAUGGUAACCCAGUAAGUAUGUUUUUCCUUUGACAAUCGAGUUCUGAUCACUUAAUACAAAGGGACAUUUGUUGUUCAAAUGCAUCCCAACUUCUAAAUUCUUAUCUUAUAUAUUGCAUUUUACACUUUAAAACUGAGCUUAUUUUAUUAGGCUUGGCAAUAUUUUAAAUAUAAACACAGUGCUACUGGUGCAGAUCAAUUUAUUGUUAUAAUGGAAUUUUAUUUUAUCCUACAAUGGCAGGGCACUUGAUCUAUUCCAAAGUCAAGAACUGGACUGAUGCUAAAUUUGUACUUUCAGAGAAGAUACAUUUUGCUUGUGGCUUACCGUUCCUGGUAGCAUUGCAUCAGUAUGUUAAUUGUAAAAUUUAUUGUAUAGUAUUUAACCACUGAAUCUCUUUUCUUUUAUGUUGUGCUUUAUGUGAACCACUGGUGAAGGUCCCAUUUUCCUUGAAUAAUGUGUAGUUAUAUGAAUCUGUUUUUAAAUGUACAGAUAUUUUGCUACAAAAUUGGUGCAGUUUUUUAUGGUUUUUACACUUCUCUUUAAUUCCCACUUUAGUCUCUGGGUAAUAUUGUAAAUAUUGUUUAAAAAAAUGCAUCACCCUGUGCUAUACAAUCUGAAUGUUAUUUUAACUUAUAGUUUUGUUUUUUAUAUUUAACUAAAUGGACAGUUUGGGGCUCAAAGUUACCACAUUGACUUCCGCUUCCCUAUUUACAGAAAGUUUACAUUAAAACUGCCACCUAUUGUCUCAUUUACAGCAACGUGUAAUCAACAUGCAAAAGAGAACAUGCCAAGAUUGCCUCUUUCUUCACUGAUAGUGACAAAAGAGUUUUAAUCUGUAUAAGAAAAAAUAAUUUGGCAAUGUAAUUUAAGUACAUUUAUUAGUCAAAUGGGUCAAACUCGUAAACUCAAAAGCAUUUUUAUAACUUAACUGUAGACAGCAAAUAUUACCAUGCAAGUGGACUGUAAUAUUGGCAUGUUCUCUUUGAUGUUUUUCUAGUAAUAGACCUGCUUCUUAGCAAUAUUAGAAGUGUUUUAUAAAAGCAGUUCAUGUUACUUUUCUGGUCUAUUCAUGGCAUAUGAUCAAAUAAACUAUUUACACUACUA